AUGAGCAUCAUCAACCCUCCCACACUUGUGCAGCUGGCCAUGCAGGGGCUGCUGAGGAAAGAUGCUUUGGAAAUCUCUGCUCUGGAGAACCUGCCCAUUGAGUUCUUCCCAUCACUGUUCAAGGAGGCCUUUGAUGGCAGACAUACAAAGAUAUUAAAGGCAAUGGUGGCAGCCUGGCCUAUUCCCUGCCUCUCUGUGGGUGUACUGAUGAAGACACCUGAAGUAGAGACAUUGAAAGCUGAGCUGGAUGGCAUAGACAUUCUGCUGAUGCAGAAGGCUCAUCCCAGGUGUAAACUUCAAGUGCUCGACUUAAGGAAUGUGCACCAGGAUUUCUGGGAUGUAUGGGCUGGAGCUCACUCAGUAGAGACUGUGAGGGAGAA